AUGAGAAUUCUAACUGUUCCACACAUUCCGAACUCUCAACUGUCAGGCUCAACACUGCCAGCAGAUAAUGUAUCAGCUGGAAUAGCUUUGGAGAGCAUAUUGAACGGAAUGAAAAGAGAACCCCCGGAGUAUGAAGCAAAUACAUCUUCAAACACGAAAAGCUCAAGUGACAUCAAAAACGAGACUAAUAUGGUCACAAAUCCUAUGGAUGAAGAAGAAAGUAGUGAUGAGGAAGAAUUCUACCUGUUAGAUCCAAACCAAAUAGAGUUUGAUACCCUGGUAUUUUGUGGUCCAAUUGAAAAGGGGAGAGACAUAGACCCCUUCUCUCUUGAAUUAUCGUUUAAUAUAUUAGCUCAAGAGCAUCUUGAAUUUGAAUUUGAAGCAGGUUUGGACCAAGAGAGAAGCAAGCAGAAAGCAUGUUUAUCUAAUGUUGAAUCUUGCCUUGCCGAUUGUGAAUUGGAAGCUGAUUCCAUCCCGGUGGUCAAUUUCGAUGUACAAGAUCUUGAAAUUGAGACAACAAAACUGAGAAUUCGGUAUUUAUUGGUUGAGAGAGAAGCUUGUUGCCUUUUGAUCGAGGCACUAAUUCGCCAAAUAUCAAAUUUGAAGAGCAUUGUGGCUUGUCUUGAUGAUUGUAUUCUUUCUCCAAUUUUGGAUGAGUUACUGUCAGAAGAAGAUGAACAGAGUAUAUAG